AUGGCCGAAAAAUUAAAUAAUUCAACAAUUGCUAUAAUCCCACCCUUUAAAGUAUACAUUCUCAAUGACAAAGCAUUCGUAUGGGAUCCUGAUGGUCUAAUCGUAGGUUCACUGGUUGGUACAUUACCACGAUUUCCUAUGCAGAAUCUGUAUUUUGGACUUCCAUUGACACUUAUGCCAGAGGAAGUUACAUUACUACUUUCCAAAGGUCAAAUAAUAAUCUCUUUAAAGUUUGAUGCACGAAAAACUCAUACAGUACCUACAAAUGGUCAACUUGAUCAGUUUAAUCGACUGCGUUUUGAAGAUGAACAACGUCAAGAAAAUGAAUAUUUGCAAGUACGAAAUGAAAAAAGUGCCAAGUACAGAAAAGAACAUGAGAUUAAAAAAGAAUCACAUGCAUCAUCGUCAUCGACCGAGAAUCCUGACAUCACCAAUACAGAAAUCGAACAGAAAUAUCCAACCACAAAAUUCUCGCCGAUUGCCCACCUCCCUACCACAUCCGACUCAUUUGCUUGGUACAACGAUAAUAAUGGUUUCACAACUAUCGAACAAGCAGCCACAGCAAAGUUAUGGCGUUGGCCGAACACUGAAAAAGAUCAACAUCGGUUUAAGGUUUUCUCUGAUCUUUGGGAACGUGGCUACUUCAUCACAAAUGGAAUUAAAUUCGGUGGUGAUUUUCUUUUGUAUUCUGGUGAUCCACUUCGAUAUCAUAGCCAGAUAAUAGCAACGAUUGUUGAUAUUAAUAGACCCGUUUCAGCCUUGGACAUCAUUACAUUUGGAAGAAUGGGAACCAUAACAAAGAAAUCCCAAUUGUUAUGCUCGUGGAAUGAGAAACAAAACAAAGCUGUAUAUAUUUCUUUUAAAUGGACUGGACUUGAUUAA